AGACGUGGUUGGGUGAUGUAGUUUUGUGUGUCAGCCAGUCCAAAAGCUGAAAAGAAGUCGUCGUUGUGAGACAACCACGGAAGCAAUAGAUAAUCAACAUAAAUUCGGAAAUCCUUGCCAGAAGAUCCAUUAUUUGCUAAUCGUACUUUUGAAACGGUCAGGCAUUAGGUAAAAGAGCUACUUUCAUGUGAUAAGUGCGUGUGAAAAAGUGGGCAAGUUGUACAGGAAUCGCACUCGGGUGUGUUUCGUUCAAGAAAGGCGUCAGUAGUUUCGUUUUCCGGGUCCGCAAAGUUAUUAGUCGUUUGAUGGCAUACAGUUUUAGUUAAAAAAGCGAAAACAAGUUAACUUGAUAGCGAUAUGGAUUUUCGGUUUGACUGAGGUGAAUCCCAAAAGUUCAGUCCAUAAGAGGAAUUUUCUUUUUUCUUGUUGGAAUCAAGAAGAAGAGGUAACUCGGGACGGCAGGAAGAAGAAGCAGCCUAAAAUUACUCAUCGCAGCUGCAGCAGCAAACACACAUUGAAAGAGCAAAACGACAGUACUAGAUUGACUGUCGUCUCUAGCAAAGAGAGAGAGACAAAGCGAGAGUGAACACAAGUUCACUUACAAGAAACUGGCAGCACGGACCUGAGUGAACACUUCAGCACAUCGGUAGACAGCCGGAGAGGGAGAGAGUGGGAGUGAGUGACCAGACAACUGCAGUAGUAGCGCAGAGUUCCGAGUGACAGAAGCAAUCCAAGAGGACUUGCACAAAGUGUCAAAAAGAAAGAAAAAGAGUCUUGGUUGCACCAGAAGAGCAGUGUGUUGUUCGAUAACGUGUGGUGUAAAAUCAGAAGAAUCGGUACGUGAAGAUCACAGGAAAAAGGGCCAAUCCGUACUGUGGUGAAGUGGAUAGUCCAAGGUUUUCUGCCUGACAGAGAAAAGAAAAGUUUAUCCCCCUGUGGUGUACGGUGCAUUAGAAGUUUGGGUUGAGUAGUUAACAGAAAAUAGCACCUAGUGAAGCAAAACAUACAUAGCAACAACAAAAACAACAACAUCCGAAGAAAAUGGCAGAUGUGGAUGAUGUGAUAAGUGACCAGGAGAAGAUCCGAAUUGUGAACGACUUCAUCCUGCACGCUCCUCCGGGCGAGUUCAACGAGGUGUUCAAUGACGUCCGGGAGCUGCUGAACGAUGACCGACUGCUGAAGGAGGGAGCCAGUGUGGCCUGUGCCCAGUACAACAAGGACCAACUAACGCCGGUCAUCCUCGAAGGCUCCGAACUGGCCGUGCUAGUCACAGAGUUCAACGAUCUGGGAGGCGGCCGAUACCUUGACCCCCGGACGAAACAGAGCUUUAGGUUCGACCACCUGCGCAAAGAGGCCAUCGAUCUGCAGAACCACGAUGGCGAUCACAUUUCGGAACCGUGGCGCGAGAUGCUCGACAUCGAAGUGCUGACGUACUGUGCGAACCACUACCGGAACGGAUCCUGCUCGGUGUUUGGCCGCAGCAGCAACGGACAGAUCACGCUGAACGUGUGCAUCGAGGACCACCAGUUUCAGCCGAAAAACUUCUGGAACGGCCGGUGGCGCUCGGUGUGGGGCAUCACGUUUCCGGUCAGCGGUGCCGGCUCGGCCGAGCUGAAGGGUAUGCUGAAACUACAGGUGCACUACUACGAAGAUGGUAACGUGCAGCUGGUGUCGUCGAAGGAGUUCCGCGAAUCGGUGGUCAUCUCGAACGAAGCCGCCGUCGCCAAGGAGAUCAUACGACUGAUUGAGGAGAGCGAACAUGAUUACCAGACGGCAAUAUCGGAGAACUACCAGACGAUGUCCGACACGACGUUCAAGGCACUGCGGAGACAGCUGCCCGUGACCAGAACGAAAAUCGACUGGAGUAAGAUAGUGUCGUAUAGUAUCGGUAAGGAACUGAAAACGCAGUAGGUUGAUUAAGGUCUUUAUUUUUUUCUUUGACGAGAGGGGGGGGGGGCGAAGGAGCGU